AUGGAGGACGAGGGAAAGGCAGUGCGGGAGGAAUCGGCCAGACGGCCGAUGAUCCUGAUGUACGACGUCGGUAGAGAUAUCGAGAAGGAUAGGUUAGGGAAACUUUUGUCGGAACAAAACCCGGAUCUAGGCAUCGGCGAGGAGACCGUGGUCCCCCUCUUCAUGAAGGGGCCCAAGACGGGUGACUCUGUCUGGUGGGUCUGCGCGGUUGCGCCAGACGCGUACCAAAAGGUUGUAGGUAAGCGUGUAUAUGUAGGUAUGUCGUGUUGUCGAGUCGUUGAGUUUUCCGACGUUGUUAGGUGCUUCAAGUGCCAACGCUUUGGUCACCGCGCGACUAAGUGCCCGGCGAGUUCGGACACCUGCGGCAAAUGCGCAGAAGUUGGUCACCAAGCCAAGGACUGCAAUAGCAAUGCCUCAAGGUGUGCCAACUGCCGGAAGGCGGCCCCAUCGGCCCACGCAGAGUGCGCAGCCAAGCUCAGGGCGACGCUAA